GCCACGUCCACUGCUUUCACUUACGGAAAUGUCACGAAAUAAUACAUGUUCUUUGCUUUUAACGUGUUCGAUUACUUCAUAAGCUACUUACGAGCGCAUGUUAAUUAUAUAUGAAUGUAUGUAUUUGACAGAAAAGUGUAAAUCUAAUCGAGGAUAGCUGUUAUUAUGGGCGACUCACUGAAUGUGUAUGAAUGAAAUUGCGUCUGGCUUCAUGCGUGUAUUAGUGAUGUAAACAUGGACAGGCCGGAUACUACUUUCACUCUGGCGUAUAUAGUAUUCACACUGUGUUUUAUUUUUACGCCAAAUGAGUUUCGUUCGGCUGGUUUUACGGUUCAGCAUCUGUUUUCAGAAUUGCUAGGCAGCGAAGACAUCUGCUUCAUUCAACACCACAUCAGGAGAACCACACUAACUCUACUCGCCCACUGCUUCUUACCGCUGGGUUACUACAUAGGAAUGUGUUUUGCCGCUCCAGAACAGAAUCUCUUGUACGUCCAUCAUGCAAGUCAAGGAUGGCAAAUCUACUUGGGUGUUUCACUGGUAAUCCAGCUUCUAAGCUGUGCUCUUGCUUUCUAUUGGUCCAGACGUGGAUGGGCAAAUCAUCCGAUAUGUGAAGCACUGAGUGUGCAUGCAUUACCCCACUCCAGCUGGAGGGCCGUCGCGUCGUCCAUCAACACAGAGUUUCGCCGCAUCGACAAAUUCACUUCAGGUUCUCCGAGCGCAAGAGUGAUAGUCACUGAUACUUGGGUGAUGAAGGUCACAACAUAUUACUUGCAUGUUGCAUUGCAUCAGGACUGUCAUUUGACUGUCACAGACUCCAAGCAUCACAACCUGUCACCUGAAUUAAACACACCAGUGCAGAUUGUCACCAUCACCGUUGCCAGCAUCAACCCAAGAGUCAAGUCUUUUGACAUAAGAUUGAAAUCUACAGAGUAUGUUGAGCUACAAGAGAAGCUGCAUGCACCAAUCAGAAAUGCUGCCAAUGUUGUCAUCCAUUUGACAAUGAGUGAGCUGUUUUUGGAGACCUUUAUGUCUUAUGUGAAGAUGAAUGAAAUUUACAAGUGCCCAAGUGGACAGGAACUGGAACCAUGUAUUGGAUGUAUGCAGGUGAAUGCCAAUGUGAAGCUUGUGCGUGUGUGUCAGGGCGAUGAUGAAGGUGACUGCCAGCACUGUUACUGCAGACCCAUGUGGUGUCUCACCUGUAUGGGCAAAUGGUUCGCCAGCCGUCAGGACCAGCAGCAGCCGGAGACGUGGCUGAGCAGCAGGGUCCCCUGUCCCACCUGCAGGGCCAAGUUCUGCAUUCUUGAUGUCUGUCCCAUUCAUUAAUUGAAUAUUACAUCUUCAAGAUUUUUAUGUCUUUAGGCCUUUGAAACACUCAGCUUCUGCACAGAUCACAUCAAGGGGACAUUUUUGUAGCAGAUAUGUGUUGGUAAAUUAAAUCCACCCUUCCCAAGCUAGACACAUAUCUUAUUUGGGAUUAUAAUGGGUGUGUAAUAAUAACGAAAAAAACAAAGGUUAUACUACACCCCCUAAAAUCUAAAAGAAAUAAGAAAUUAUAUUUUGCUUAAAGAAAAUAAAGACAAUUAAAAUAAAGUUGUUUAAAGAAAAUGAGAAUUUGCAUUGCAACAUUAUUUUCAUGUCAGUUAAGCUCUCCUCCCCCCCUCAGUUGUCCUUGCCUUAAUGCAAACAUAUCUCAGUCGUUACUGUAGUGCCAGAAAAAGUGUUACUUUGCAAAGUAUUUAUACAUAAUUAUAUAGUAUUUCUUGCACUAAUUUUCAAUUAUGCUGGAAAAAAAAAGGCAUACAUUUUUACUGUCAUAAAGUAAGAAUUACUGUCGUACAGCUAUGAGAAUUGCUAUUUAGAAUAAUGAGAAUUACCAAAAAAACUCAAGUAAAACGUAAAACAUUGAGAGUAAUAACACACUGGGGAGCAAUUGUGCUGAAUUGUCAUGAAAAUAGUGUUACAAUGUAAAAAAAAAAAAAAAAAAGUAUAUAUAUACAGUACAUACAUACAAAUAACACGAGUUAAAAAAAAAAAAUCUUUUGAUGAAUCCAUUUGAUAUGAAUUUUGUUGUUUCAUGUUGAGACAUUGACUGCUGAUAUUGUACAUGGUCAAAUUCCAGUAAAACUACAAACAUUUGGUCUGGUUAAAAAUAUACACUGAAUAUACUGAAGAACUCGUGUUCAGAAUCAGACAAAAAGGUGUAAUUGUGCUGAAAAAUUUCUUUAUCACGGAGCAAUGGCAGAGUAAAGUGUUUAUCAGAUUUAAUAAACAACAUACUAAACUGCCUUAAUCUCAUUUAUUGACAUUUCUGUUCAGCUUCCAUUUGUCAGAAAAUUAGCUAUUUAAGUUUUGGACAUUUAGUUUUGGAGACAGAUUGUAAACCCAUGCUCUCCUCUUUAGAUAAUCAUUGGCAAUACAUGUUAUUUAAGUCACAUUUAUGUUACAAUGACAUUGAAUUUGAGUUUCUUUAAAUCAAUCAGUUUGCACAUCGUGACAAAAGUUGAAAUAUUAACAAUCAAGUUAAUCAGUGUUUGGCUUCAAUUCUAUCAUUCUGGGUUUGUCUGCUUUAGUUUGCUGUAAUGUUGCUUCAUUUUCAUUUUAUAUUUGAAGGUUCAUUUGCUUACAGAUGCUGUCAGACAUUUACUUUAAAUGCAAACCCUGAUUUGGCCAAUUAAAACCUUUUGCUUUAUUUUUGUAAUAUUGCUGCUACAGAAACGGGAUGCACAUAAACUGAUUGUUUGUAUUUUACUACCAUUCAAAUAUUUCUUAGAAUGAAUGUGUGUUUCAGGCAUACUGCUUAUAAAUAUUUUUGAAGUUUGAGAGAAAACCGUUUCUGAUCUCUUCCUCAUAAUAAAGAUUUAGUAUAAAGAGUGGC